UUAGCCUCCCCCCACUAUGUCAGUAGUGUUUAUUUACGUGAUUUAUCUGUUUUAGGUUAGAAUUUUUUUCGUUAUUUUCUUGAAAGCGGUGCAUUACCUUGUAAUAAAGGUGGUAUCAUUGUAAUCGUGGACUAAAGCUCUAUCAACUACAAUAUUUUUUAUUAAUCCAUAUUCGUGCUAAGGGAUACUAAGUCCAACCCGCAAUGUCUCAAAGAAGAACUAGUAGGCCAAGUGUAGAACUCCCAGAAAAUUUAGAGGAUGCGGUUAGAGAAUGUGUUCGCUAUAUUAUUUGCCGUGAAGGAAGCAAAAUUCCUAUAAAGCGCAUUGAAAUUAUUAAACAUCUACAAAAUACAUAUCAAACUUCAACAAACCACAUAAACACAGUGAUUUUAGAGGCUGAUAAAUUAUUGAAAAAAAUAUAUGGGAUAAAACUAGUACAAGUUGAAUCUAAAAGUGGUAUUCAGUAUAUAGCGGUAUUAGACGAACCAUGUGAGAAAUCGUUAUUGUCAUUGGCAACAGAUGCAACUCAACGUAAAAUUUUGUUGGCUAUGUUGACCCAUAUAUUUAUGUCUGGAGCGCCAGUCAAAGAGGAUGAUAUGUGGAGUUUCUUAUCAGAAGCAGAUCUAAUACAGGAAAAUGAUUAUGCAGGACGAAAGAUCUUAACACAUAUAUUUACCAAGCAAAUGUACCUCAAAUAUACAAAGGUUGGUGAAGGUGAUUUGAGCAAGUACACUUUUGAAUGGGGCCAAAGAGCUAUUGAAGAAGUUCCUAGAAUGUUUCUGCUGAAAAAGUUUGCCGAGGCAUUUGGAGCUGAACCAACAAACUGGAGCGAGCAGUACAAAAUCGCCACAGAAGCAGUGUAAAUACAAUUUGAAGUACUUACAUUUAAUUACUAUUGUGAAACGAAAAUCCAACAAACUGGAGUGAGCAAUACAAAAACGCCACAGAAGCAGUGUAAAUAUAAUUUGAUGUACAUUUAAUUACUAUUGUGAAACGAAAAUCCAACUGGAGUAAACAAUACCGCCACAGAAGCAGUGUGAAUAUAAUUUGAAGUACAUUUAAUUACUAUUGUGAAACGAAACUCCAACAAACUGGAGUGAGUAGUACAAAAUCGCCACAGAAGCAGUUUAAAAUAUAUAAUUUGAAGUAAAUGGUGAAAGGUAAAUGCAGCCAGGCUUUUAACCAUAAUUUUGUAAACAUCACGGAUUAUGACUGCUAAAGCGUCUCAACUGACAAUUGUACACAAUAUCUAUAUAAUAUACACUUAAAAUGUGGAGUAUAAAUAAAACUGUUUUUUUUAAA